UAAAAAUUUGACAGAUUGUAGGGACUAGGAAUAGCGCGCGCGGAGUAAGUAGUGAGAGUGAGAGUGGGAGUCACACACACUGACUCCAACCUAAACAACCAAAAAAAUGGCUACGACGCUAUUCAAAUUCUGCAAACCCUUCGCUAUUCCAAUCCGAAUCCCCACCUCCACCACCACCACCACCAAAAGGAGCCUUAUCAUCCGCGCUUGUCUCACUUCUUCGAGUCCCUCCCAGCCCUGUAUUCCAUCGCACAAGCUGUGGCUUUACAACACGAUGAGCAAGAACAAGCAAGAGUUCAAGCCCAAAGUAGAGGGUAAAGUGGGCAUGUACGUUUGCGGAGUCACCGCUUACGAUCUCAGCCAUAUUGGCCACGCUCGCGUCUAUGUCACUUUCGAUCUUCUCUACAGAUAUCUUAGGCAUUUUGGCUAUCAAGUCUGUUAUGUACGGAAUUUCACUGAUGUAGACGACAAGAUAAUUGCUCGGGCAAAUGAAUUGGGGGAGGAUCCAAUCAGUUUGAGCAGACGCUACUGCGAAGAGUUUCAACGUGAUAUGGUGUAUCUUCAUUGCCUGCCGCCUUCUUUUGAACCUCGAGUAUCAGAUCACAUGCUCCAAAUCAUUGACAUGAUCAAGCAGAUUCUUAAUAAUGGGUAUGCCUAUAGAAUUGAUGGGGAUGUGUACUUCAACAUUGACAAGUUUCCAGAGUAUGGACAAUUAUCCGGGCGAAAAUUAGAAGAUAAUCGAGCUGGUGAGCGGGUUGCUGUGGACUCUAGAAAGAAAAAUCCGGCUGAUUUUGCUUUAUGGAAGUCUGCAAAGGAGGGGGAGCCAUUUUGGGAGAGCCCUUGGGGUCCUGGAAGACCUGGGUGGCAUAUUGAGUGUAGUGCAAUGAGUGCUGCUUAUCUGGGUUACUCUUUUGAUAUACAUGGUGGAGGAGUGGACCUUGUGUUUCCCCACCAUGAAAAUGAGAUUGCUCAGAGUUGUGCUGCAUGUAAUCAGAGUAAUAUAAGCUACUGGAUACACAAUGGUUUUGUCACUGUUGACUCAGAGAAAAUGUCCAAAUCCCUUGGGAACUUCUUUACAAUUCGGCAGGUUAUAGACCUUUACCAUCCACUGGCUUUGAGACUUUUCUUGAUGGGGACCCACUACCGAUCUCCAAUCAAUUACUCUGAUGUACAGCUUGAAAGUGCUUCAGAUCGUAUUUUCUACAUCUAUCAGACGUUGCAUGAUUGUGAAAAUGUUCUAAGCCAGAAUGAUGUGGCCAUUAGAGUAGAUAGUAUCCCACAUGAUAUUGCAUGCUGCGUUGAUAGCUUUCAAGACAUUUUUAUGUCCGCAAUGUCAGAUGAUCUUCUUACUCCUGUUGUUCUUGCUGCAAUGUCUGAGCCAUUAAAGACCAUUAAUGAUCUCCUACAUACUCGGAAGGGGAAGAAACAAGAAUUGCGAAUUGAAUCCCUCACAGCUUUGGAAAAGAUAAUUAGGAAUGUUCUGACUAUUUUGGGAAUGAUGCCCCAAAGUUACUCAGAGGUUUUGCAGCAGUUGAGGGAAAAGGCUUUGAAGCGCGCUAAGAUAACAGAAGACCAAGUCUUGAAAAAAAUAGAAGAAAGAACUGCUGCAAGAAGGAACAAGGAGUUUGAAAAGUCAGAUGCAAUUAGGAAAGAUUUAGCUGUUGUUGGAAUUGCUCUUAUGGACAGUGCAGAUGGCACUACUUGGAGACCAGCUGUUCCACUUGCACUUCAAGAGCAGCAGUUGUCCCCGGUGUAAAAGAAGUUGUCAACAAAUGAAAGCAACAAGCCUUUUUGCUUCGGUCGCUGAUUUGAAAUCCUGUAUCUUCCCUGUAAGCAUUUUGUUUUGUUUUUGUUUUUUGUUUCAAUAACUAGUUCUUUGAUUCUGGAUGAAUAUGUAAACAUUUCAUUCUUGCAUUUCUUCA